GGGCAGGCUUAGCUCAGCCAGUCGCCUGCUCGCGGGACUCGGGGCCACUUCACCAGACUCCACUUUGCAAGCUUACAAAAUGUGCGCAAAAUCUAUUUUGUUGUUAUUACCCAUUUUAUCGACUUAUGUUGACUCGGCUUCGUUUGAUCAGCGUCAGACCGGGGACUUGAACGUGCAAGUAGAUUUGAAGGAUAUCCACAUCAUUGCUUUGAUGAAAGGCGGCAAAGAAGAAUAUGUGGAUUACGACUAUGCCUACGAUUACUCAGAGAUGACGAUAAAACCGCAAAACGGUUCUACAACACCGAAACCGUUAAAUGGGACCACUGAUGCUGAAAAUGAUUCAACAAUCACCACCGCUGUAUUCGAGCUAUCGACUGAGGCAAUAAAAAAUGAUACGUGGUUGAGUGCCGAGACCACAGCGACACCUACCGCGGUCAGCCAACAAGACACGUCUUCGUCAACAGAAAAAAGCACCGAAGUCUUCGCAGCAACUACACUGGUGCCAAUUUCUAAUGACAAAAACCUCACAAUACAGACCGCAAAUAGCACGGAAUGUAAAAAAGGCUUUGUUCUUAACCUCAAAGGUGAUUGCGAGCUCAAAUUGCAAGGCACAGGAAAUGCGUUGCUGAAAUUAGUUAAAUUAUCCCAGAGGUUGAAACUGAAGAGAGAAAAUCGGAGAAAUCAAAAUCACUCAACAUAAGCUAUUUCCUAGACUACAUGCUGAAAUGUAUAUUUUAAACGUAAUAAUAAUUAGUGCUAGCUGUGUACAUCAAUUAAGUACACACCUGUGACAAAGACUGCAAGAAUAAAAUCUAAUUGAAGUUUCUCUAGGGUUUUAAAUACAUAUUUUCCUUGAGUAUGAAUUCCAUUGUGUUA